AUGCCACAUCAAAGGACACAUUACCACAAUGGUGGGAGCAGAUAUCAGCCGUAUAGUUUGGAAGCUCGAAAGAAUCAGAAAAGCUGCAUUAACAACAGGCAGCCUGAUAAUCCUGUCCAGGAUGAAAUCAAAAGGCUCAACUCUCUUUUGGAAAUGGAGAAAUCUAAAUGGUUGGAGGAAAACCAAAAGGUAUCCACCCUUGAGGAAGAGCUUGAAAAAGCAAAAAGUGAGUUAAAACGGCAGAAAAAUCUCAAAGAGAUGUUCAUUAAUAAGGGCAAAGAAACCAAGCGAGAACUGAUGAGAAUUCAAAAGUUUACAGAUCCAGAAACUCUCAGCCCUGCCACUAUCGCAUCUAAGGUGAACAAUGACAUGAAAUACAAAAAGAAAAAGAUGCUGCAAGUAGACUUUGAGCAUGUAAAGGUUGCUCAUAUUGUCCAGGAGCAAGCAUUUAUAUCACAAAUCCAAACUGAAAAAGAGAAAAAUGCUGCCCUCCAACAAGAACUAGACAAAAUCAAGAAUUGUUACGAGGAGCUUCGCUCUAAAGACGAAACUAGGAAUGCUGGACCAAACCAGCAGGUCAACUUACAGAUACGUUAUGAAGAAAAAAUGAAGCAAGACCAAAAGCUCAUCGAGAGCCUGAGAGCUGAGAAUGCAGUCCUGCAGACUCAGAUGGAGCAGAUGAAGGUUUCAUACCAAGAACUAAGUUCAAAAUAUAACACAGACAUUUCUUUACUAAUGCAAAAAGUAGAAACCUAUCAGCAUGACAUGGUCUGUGAGAAAAAUGCUGAUGAGAAGAGAGCAAAGUUUGACCGCCAGCUCAUCAAUGAACUCAUAGCGGAGAAGGAAAACCAUCAGAAAACGGCUCACGAGUUUGGAUACCUGAAACAAGAAUCUACAGAGACGAUGGAAAAUCUUCAAAGUGAACUGGCGAAGGUUAAGGUCUUGUACCAGGAAUUGAAAACUAGGUACGAAACAGACGUUUUUGCUCUAACACAGCAGAAAGACGCAUUUCAGCAGGAGCUUGAUAAAGAAAUAAAAGCUCAUUCUGAAAAAAUUAGCAGCUACUGUGAACUUGGGGCCGAGAAGAAUGCUCUCCAAAAACAACUCAUUACCCUUAAACAACAGUACUCUGAGUGUGAGGUUAGUUAUAAAACAGAGCUGGAACACCUGAAAGCUGAGCUCCAGGACAAAGAAGACCUUGGUCGUCCAAAACGCAAAAUCGCCAGGCGUCAGGAACCGAGAGAGAAAGAAGACUCCAUCCCUGUGAAGACCAUUUCCGAACCUGCAUCCAUGGAUCUUGAGACCCUGUCAGAGGACGUUAUUAUUACUAAUGUGUCCACCAUGGAGGUAGAUGAGUUCAUAGAGGAGAUGCUGAGAGAUUAUGAUAUUCUCAAUUCUGAAUCAAAGAAAAAGACUGGCUGCUCUGUGAAAACCCUGCCAGAGCAACAGCAAAGUCCAGAUGCUGAACCAACAGAAGCAAGUUGCUCAAAAAAAGACCCAUCAGUCUGGAAAAAGAUACGACACGGUCUGGGUCUCAAGAAACCAGAAAAAUGGAAGAAAAGCAACACUUCUCAGAAUAACAACUAG